AUGGGCAAUCUAGGGGACUUGUCGCCGGAGGGAAGUGUUGCGGUUGGUGUAAUCGUUGGGCUCAUUUCAACCAGUCUCCAGGCCAUCGGGCUCACACUCCAGCGCAAGUCGCAUUUACUUGAGGACGAAAAGCAUCCCUACGAUGUGCGCAGACCCCCCUACAGGCGCCGACGAUGGCAAAUAGGAAUGGGGAUGUUUGUGAUUUCCAAUAUUGUUGGAAGUACCAUCCAAAUUACCACACUUCCGCUACCAGUUCUCUCGACGCUCCAAGCGUCCGGACUAGUGUUCAAUACCGUAUUUGCAACCCUCAUCCUCGGUGAACCCUUUACUCGAUAUUCUCUCGCAGGCACCGUUCUCGUCUGCAUCGGUGCAUUGCUGAUUGGGACCUUCGGCGCCAUCGGGGAACCCGCACAUACCUUAGAUCAGCUUUUGUUCCUCCUCCAGCGACAGCCUUUCCUUCUGUGGAUGGGUGCCACUACCCUGCUGGUUGUUGUGGUACUCGUAGGCAUUAAACUACUGGAACAUUUCGUGCCAUACUCGCGCGCGAAACCCUCGGCCUCCGGUCAUUUUUCACCGCAUCUGCUGCGACUACAAAGCCGAAUGAGGUUGAUCCGCGGCAUGAGUUAUGGAUUCGUUAGUGGUAUACUGUCAGCUCACUCCCUUUUGCUGGCAAAGUCGGCAGUGGAGCUUCUGGUGCGCACAGUGGUAGACGGUGUGAACCAGUUCAAUCGUUGGCAAUCAUGGGUCAUCCUGCUGGGAAUGAUCUUCCUAGCGCUCACACAGCUGUUCUAUCUUCAUCGGGGGCUAAAGCUAUGCAGUACUAGUGUACUAUACCCUUUUGUGUUCUGCAUCUACAACAUAAUUGCCAUCCUGGAUGGACUGAUCUACUUCCGGCAAGUGUCUCGACUGGCAGGCUUGCAUGCCAGUCUCAUCGCUCUGGGAACCAUAAUCCUCCUGGGUGGUGUCUUGUGUCUCUCAUGGCGACUUGAGGAUAUCGACAAUCAUGCCGCCGUCACUACUGUGGGUCCGACGCAGACCGGACUUGGGCCAGGUAUGGCACUCGUGGAAGAGCACUCUCCGUCAUCACCUGGGUUACUGGACAGCCAGGAUGAGGAAUCACAGAUUGGAGAACGCGAGCCACUUCUCAACCCGAAGACCCAAACUCGACAUCUCUCAUACCAGCGUGGAAGAGCUCCAAGCUUACCGCUCAAUUUAAAUUUUGAUCGCGACUCAGUCGAUCUAAAUCCCGCAUCUAUUUGGGCUGAGAUCGAUGAUUCGGACUAUGAAUCCACCGAUGGAAACACAAGAUCCUCGAUAGAUCACCGACGCAGCAUCAGUGGCAGCGCAACGCUAAACGGCCCAUUACGAGGUCUAACACGAAACUCCACGGUCGGCGCUACCCCACAAGAUCGCGAAAGGGGAUCUCGCCGAGCCCAGGGAUCACUGCGUGGGAACCAAUGGCGUCGCACCUCAGCACCCAAGAGUGGUUUAUCGGCCGCCCAUCGUAAACGUCGGGGAACCGGGGGUCUGCUUACAUCUGACCAACAAGUCGGUGGGUACGGGACCAUCCAAGAGGACCACGAUGAUACCCACUGGCACGACGACCCCCCUAUCCAUCGUUCAUCUGAUGCCAGGUCUGGUCUUCUUGUUGGGCCAAGGAGGGCUGUGGCAGGUGUCUGGAAGUUCGGGAGACGAUAUCUGUCUCGGUGGAGCAGCCCGCAGGCGGGCAGUCAAGCUGAGAUUGACCCAGAGGAUGACUCUUCCUCGUCCCUACUCCCACACUCUGCCGUCCCUCUUCCACGAACACGUUAUGUGCAGGGAACCCCAGUUCAGGAAUCUGACACCCUUCAGCCACCACCACCCCCUUGA